AUGGUGGGUACAUAUUUUGCACAAAACGAUGAUGGUGAGAAGAAAGAAUCUAAACCUGGAAUUCUUUUGGUGGAUGAAGAUCCCGUUUGGCAAAAGCCAGUCAAAGAAGAACAAGAUUCAUCAGAUGAAGAAAAGCCUCAAGUUGAUGAAGAUAUUGAAGUUAAGCGUAUGAGAAGACUGGAGCAACUGGGGACUGGACGCCCUUUUGGUGCGAUUUCUGAGGAUGGAAGUGGCUGCGAUUCUGUGUCUAAUGCUCCUAAUAACAUGAAACCCGAACACCAAAAUUAUGAUAUUUCUCCACCUCGCAGGAGUAGGCUGCGGAAUGAUACUCCGUCUCCAAGACCUGAACAACAAUCUGACGUUUCAUCAGAUGCUAAUUUCUCUCCACCACGGCAGUACCACAAGCAUUACUGGGGUCCUCCUAGGAAUGCCAAGAAUGAAAGAUCAGGUUCUAUUGUCUCUGCAAUGAAGUCAAUUCACGAUUUGGAUGACUAUGACACAGUUGAUCCUGCACCUUCAGUUUCUGACCUUUCUCCUCCAAGGAAGAGGCGGAAUGAAUCACCAAUUUUGACAACUGGGGAACGUAUCUCGAAGGAGGAGUUUCUGAAGUCUCGGAAGAAAGAAUUCAGGAAAGAAGAGAAGCCCAAGGAAAUAAAGCUGGAAUGGGGCAAAGGGCUGGCUCAAAAGUGGGAAGCUGAAGCUAGAGUACAAGAAAUAGAAAAGGAGAAGGAUAAACCAUUUGCUCGCAGCAGGGAUGACCCUGAUCUUGAUGCUAUGCUGAAGGAGAGACUUCGAUGGGGUGAUCCCAUGGCACACUUGGUCAAGAGAAAGCAUUUGGAGCCAGUUCUUCCGGACCUAGGUGAUAACGAGAAGAUGAAAGAGUCUGGCUUCAUAAUUCCCCAGGACAUCCCAAGUCACAGCUGGAUAAGAAGAGGACUGGAUGCGGCACCAAACUGCUAUGGGAUCAAACCAGGCAGACACUGGGAUGGUGUGGACCGCAGUUAUGGAUAUGAUAAGGAAUUGUUCAAACAGAUGAACGAAAAAAGAGCUACAGUGAGAGAAGCAUAUGGGUGGUCUUGA